UCGAGGCAGGCUCGGGGGCGCGCCUUGAAACUUCGGGAGCGCGCUUGCUCGCUUGCGCGCGCAGCUCCUCUGAGGGAAAAUUUGAGGGCGAGGGCUCCUUCUCCGUGAGGGAAAAGUGAGGGAGGAUCUCCCGUGUACUGUGAGGGAAGGGGCUUCUUUAUGCCUGAAAAGCGGGGCGUGAGGGGGAGGGGUCACUAAGCGGGGGUGCCUUUUUUAAACAACAAAAAACCACCCCUAAAUUCUCUCUGUGCAUGAGAGGAGGGGCUUCCCCCACCCCAAAACAAACUGAGGGCUUAUGGGGUGAGAUUGACAGGCCGCUCCUCCCUUCCACGCCCCCCCGCGGCCAAUUUUGGACCAGCACCUCCCCCCCUCCCGGGUGGGGGCAGUGAGCGCCUCCAUGCCCUUGGCUGGACUGCUAGGCGGUCUCCGUGCCAGCAGCAGCCCCGCCCACCCAGCCGGCCAGCAGGUGGGGUGGGGGCGUGGGAGGGGGCGGGGGUGAGCCUUUGCACGCACAUACACACACACACACGCGUGUGCCUGCGAGAGCAGCGCCCGUUUGCACGCUCGCCCCUUGCUGCAUCGCCAGAGGUGCUUCUGCUGCUACUGCUGCUUGUGGCGCCCACCCGGACCCCUGGGGAGGCGAUGGGGGACCACCGAGAGGACGUCAACUCGAACCUGCUCAUCACCUUCAGCACGGGGGACCUGCAGCUGGACAAGGCCAUCAGGCAGUGGCUGACCUGGGACAAGAAUCCGAAAACGAAAGAGCAAAUUGAAAACUUGCUACGAAAUGGGAAGAAUAAGGAGCUGCGGGACCGUCUAUGCCAUAGGCUUACCUUUGGAACUGCCGGGCUCCGCUCUGCCAUGGGGGCCGGCUUUUGCUACAUCAAUGAUCUUACUGUGAUCCAGUCAACACAGGGGAUGUACAAAUACCUUGAAAAAUCAUUUCCAGACUUCAAGCAACGUGGUUUUGUUGUUGGGUAUGACACGCGAGGCCAGAUAACCAGCAGUUGCAGCAGCUUACGACUUGCAAAGCUCACAGCAGCAGUCCUGCUUGCUAAGGGUGUACCUGUCUACCUGUUCUCAAGAUAUGUUCCCACUCCUUUUGUGCCCUACGCAGUUCAGCAGCUCAGAGCUGUAGCUGGGGUGAUGAUUACUGCUUCCCAUAACCGUAAGGAAGACAAUGGCUACAAGGUAUACUGGGAAAAUGGCGCUCAGAUCACAUCUCCUCAUGACAAAGAAAUCCUGAAGUGUAUAGAAGAAUGUGUUGAGCCGUGGAACGACUCCUGGAAUGAGAAUCUGGUAGAAAGCAGCCCUCUUAUGCGAGAUCCCUUGAAGGAAAUCUGUGCAAGCUACAUGGAGGAUCUGAAAAAGAUCUGUUACCAUAGGGAGCUGAACACAAAGAGCAGCUUGAAAUUUGUUCACACAUCCUUUCAUGGGGUUGGGCACGACUACGUGCAGUUGGCUUUUCAGGCAUUUGGCUUUCAGCCUCCCAUUCCAGUUCCUGAACAAAAAGACCCAGAUCCAGAUUUCUCCACUGUAAAAUGCCCGAAUCCUGAAGAAGGAGAAUCUGUGCUAGAAUUGUCUUUGCGGCUUGCAGAGAAGGAAGGUGCCAGGGUGGUGGUGGCAACGGAUCCUGAUGCAGACAGAUUAGCUGUGGCAGAACUGCAGAAGAAUGGCCGCUGGAAAGUCUUCACUGGCAAUGAGCUGGCAGCAUUGUUUGGGUGGUGGAUGUUUACUUGUUGGAAGAAGAAUUGUUCCAAAGAUGCCGACGUCAAGAAUGUUUACAUGCUGGCCACCACGGUCUCCUCUAAGAUCCUGAAGGCCAUUGCACAAAAAGAAGGAUUUCGCUUUGAAGAUACACUCCCUGGCUUCAAAUCGAUUGGCAGCAGAGUUAAAAACCUCCUGGACAGCGGCAAAGAAGUCCUUUUUGCCUUUGAAGAGUCCAUUGGCUUCAUGUGUGGCACUUCCGUGCUGGACAAAGAUGGCGUCAGCGCAGCUGUGGUGAUCGCAGAAAUGGCUGCUUAUCUAGAUACCAAGAGCCAAAUGCUGGCAUCCCAACUAACAGAAAUAUAUAAAAUGUAUGGCUACCACAUUUCAAAAACCUCGUAUUUCCUGUGUUAUGAUCCUCCUACUAUCAAAAGGAUAUUUGAAAGACUCAGAAACUUUACAUCACCUAAUUCUUACCCAGCAGUUUGUGGCACUUUCAGUAUAUUGGACAUCCGGGAUGUGACCACUGGGUAUGACAGCAGCCAGCCAAAUAAGAAGUCGGUACUGCCUGCGAGUAAAAACAGUCAGAUGAUCACCUUCACCUUUCAGAAUGGCUGUGUCGCCACCCUUCGGACAAGUGGAACUGAACCAAAGAUAAAAUAUUAUGCAGAGAUGUGUGCACCACCGGAACAGAGCGACACGGUCUUCCUGGAAGAGGAUCUACAGAACCUCAUUGAUGCUCUGAUUGAGAAUUUUCUGGAGCCUAGUAAGAAUGGACUAAUCUGGCGUUCGGUGUAGCCUUCCUCCUGCUGCUGCUGCUGCCAUUGGCUGUGAUAGCAGUCACUCCAUGCACUGCGUAACGUGGAACAAAGGAACCAAGAUGAUAACUCCUCUUUGCAUUUAUAUAUAUACAAUAUAUAUAUAUAUGAAUGCCUCUGUGCGUUUGUGUGUUUUAUAUAUAGAUAUAUAUGUUCCCUAGCCAGCAUAUUUAUAUGGAAGCAGUAUUGUUCUGUCCGCUUGCUUUCCAAAAUGAAAAGCAGAUUACCAGACAGCUUUUCCCACAGAGAUCCCUCAAGCCAAAAGGAAAGGGCUGAGCAGGUUCUGGCAAAUUUGCCAGGAGUGAUUGGUGAAAGGGACUUCCUCAACCACUGCACCUCAAAAAUGAAAUAAACACAACCUUGGAGGCUUUCCCGGCUGCUGCCUUGUAUUAAACCAGUGUUGGGUAUCUAAAGUCUUCAACUUGCUUAGUCCCUUGGCAGCUGGCCUGGAUGAUCAUAAUGGACUGGCAGAAUGGUCCUGCUUCCUUGUAGCUGUUUUGAGUGUAGGUAUCUUUACUGUACUGUUGAGUCUUACCUUUUUAAAAAAAAAUCAGUCUGUUCAGUAGAAUUCAGUACUUAGAGUUUUCUAGUGCAGAUGUUGUUUAGAAGUCAUAAAGGUUCCAGCUCUUUAAAUCUAUUCUUUUGAAAGGUGCUCUUUGUGCAUUGUAUUCUUAUCUGUCUGUGUAUUUGCUGAAGUUUACUCCACAGUUAAGCAGUAGUGGCAAGCUAUAUCAUACGAGGUCUAGCCCUGGGGCUAGCCCUGGGGCCCAAGCAGGUAAUGAUAGGCCCUCAGAUUGCCUAGUGGGCUUCUUGGAAGUUAGGAAGCAAGACAGAAUGGCUCAAGGGGAUACAAAAUUGACCAUUGCUGUGCCUGCUUUGCCUUCACUUGCCACCAUCAGAAAUCCCUCUAGACACAGCAGUUUUGCCCCAGCCACUCUAUUUUAAAGUCACAGUAACUUUAAAAUAAACAACCUGCAUCAAAUAAAGCAACAUUCAAUAAUCCACCCAAAUCCUAGAGUAAACAGUAAAAAUUAAACAUCAGCAAAUAAUAACUAAACAGUUUACACCUAUCAGUUACAACAAAUAAUUACUAAUCUAUAAUCAAUAAAAAAAAACAUCAAAUCGCAAUGCAUAAAAUACCACAAAACCAUGUAAAAGGAUCAAAUGGAGAAACACGGACACACAACUAAUAAAAUUAUUUUUUUUAAAAAAAUAUCCCUGAACACCUCUCUUCCCAGCUGCUUCUGCUGUUCUCAGUCAUGGAAAGGCUCCCAGAGAGGGCUGGAGGGUGGGGGCAAGGCAGGUGGAAAAGGCAUCUUGCUGCCUCUAACACGGAGCUCCAGGGUCUGAUCCUGGAGGGUGUUGCAUUCGUGUUGCCCAGUAAUGCAUGUUAAUAAAUAUGGUGUUUGCAAGGUCACAUGUGAUGUUUUUCGGCAUCAUCACAGGCCUUAAAACAGUCUUGCUGUGCCGUCAGCUGAGCGCCAGAUCUUUGGAAGAUCUUGGCUAGACUGAGCCUCCAGAAAGGAAGGUAGGAAGGUUGUGGAUCAAGGCCCUUGAAAACGGCUAGGACAGUUUUCAUCAGCUAAAAGUGUCACAGCUGAGUGCAUUUUUCAACUCAUAGCCAUGGGUUGUACCUCUUAGCCACCACUGGGGAGGGGCCGGAAUGGUGGUCUGCAUGCCAGGGCAGAGGCAGAAUUUCGUAGUCGCCACCCAGAAAGACCCAGCGGAAGUGGAGCCUUGCCUUUAUUCUGCUGUGUGCAGACAAAACUCCAUGGAAACAAGGAUUUCUGGGGUGGCAGUGAUUCUGUCGUGGUGCCAGGCUGCACCUGAGUGAUAUUAUAUCCAGUUCUGACAUUGUCAGACGUGCUUGUGAGGUGGAGGGAGAUUUAGCUGCAGAUCAAGUUUGUAAUCUGCAGCAGUCUGCUUCAGACAAAGUAAUUCACGAUGCAGCCUCUCUGGGGUUUAGCAUAUCAUGUUUGUGCUUGGAUUAACUUGAGUUUAUCCAAGGCUUUUCCAUGAAACAAGUUUGAAAAAUAGAAAGCAAUGAUAGGACUAUGGCCAUGUUGUCAUAGUGGGGAUGUACCAGCGUUUGGGCUAUACCACUUCACACUGCAGGAGGAAGGUCACAUGAUUGACUCUGUACCUUCAUAUACCACCAACACAAGGGAAGCUAGCAUGGGUGGGGUGGGCGGAAGGCUACUCUAGAAACCUUUUCCCUGGCAUGUGCUUGAAUGCAGGGAUUUUUGUAUGGAGCAUUUGGUCAUGGGAGCCUCCAACCUGCAAUGCCAAAUGGUACAGCCCAGACACAGCUUUGCCGCCUCAGAACUAGACAUAAUACCACUUGGUUAAAUUUAUCAAGUAUAUAUUUGAAAUAGGGAGAACUCCCAUCCGUUUCCCCAUCUGGCACUACAGAAGUUUUCAAGCAGCUUUUUUUAUUCUCCCCCAAACCCAGUAGCUUCUUUCUUCUGAGUUGACGGAAAAGCUGAGUUUCAGUAGCCCAGUUGAUAUAGCUUUGCCACUGUUGCUUGACUUUGUCCUCCUCUUUCUCCUUAUGCCCUUUGUGAGUUGGAUCUGAUAAGAUGGUGCAGGUGACGUCUGUCCUGAUGACCCAACUUUAGGUCACAGGGACAAUAAACUCCAUUUCUUGUACAUCUGGGUUGGGGUUUGAGGGGGAAAGAGAGGGAUUGAUGCCAACUGGAGCUUUUGCUCUGUGGCAUAACAAAGUACCUUCGCGAUAUCUGAAUGUAUGUGGACAGCAGGAACUUGCUUGUAUUGCACAAGGCUUUCGGGGCAAGAUCCACCAGGAAUUCGUCCUGUGCACGGGACGUAUUUCUGUAGGGUUUUGCCAUUGAUUUACAUGCAAUAUUUAUUUAUUAUUUUUAUUAUUUAAUGCUUAAAUGCCUUCCAGGUUGUUCGUAUAUAUCUGAGUGAAAUGUAUUGAAUGCCAAAAUAUCUUCUUCUUCUUUUUUUACUCUUUGUUUUCUUUUUCAUUUACUGUAUAUUUGAAAGUGCUGCAGUUGCUGUUUGGAACAGAGAGGGCGGAAUCCAAGGCCUUAAGAGGCUCUUUCUGAAUCCUUUGCUGAUUUGGGGGGAAAGAACCCUCUUUCUCUGGUUUAGUUUGAACAAACAUAAGUCAUGGAAGAGCAAUGUUUAUUGACAAGUUUUCUACCUAUAGAGAGGAUUGCAGAGGUGCCAGCCUAGGUCCUCCCAAUUCACAUGAUGGGGUGAGUAGCUUAGGGAUCUCUGUUGGAUUGAUUCUGUCCUGGGACAAGAGUUUAAGAGAGAGGGGGCAUAUACUCCUUACCCCCCAAAUGUAUGGGAAAGAGGACUGUGACUCCAGUUUUGUUUAGUGUCCUGAGAAAGCUGACUUGUUAAGGAUUUGAUUAUUUCUGCUGGAACCACUGCUAUUGGUGUGUUGUUGUUUUUUUCCAGUUGUUCACAAUGCUUGAAAAUCCAUCCUAUUCCAUUUGGGGAAGUUUCUUUUUCUUCUCUUCCCCGCUUUUCUUAACUGUGAAAGAUCACCUCCUCCACUUACCUCACCAGUGAGCAACAUGGAGUUCCUUUGGCCUUCUGCUUCCACCCUUCUUCCCUGCGGGGUUUCUCUUGACUGAUGCCAGGAAUAUUUAUAAUGUGGCAUGACGGGCAAAAGUAGUUGAAACCACUUCAGAAACACACUGUGGUUUUUUAAGAUGCCUCUUCCCUUCUAAGAUGUUGGUGUGGAACGAUUUUACCAGGUUGUUGUAUGAUGAUUUGAUAACAUGGGGGGGGGGUUGUCGUUUCGCUCUUUCAAAUCUUGAAAUGAUUUGCUGAAAGCACUUUCGUCUCCUGAAAUUCUGUAGCAUGAUCUCCGUGCAUGUCUCCUCAGCAGUAAAUCCUAGUGAAUACAGUGGGACUUAUUCCAAGCUAAAAGAGUAUAGAUUGGCAGCUUAAAAUGCAGGCUUUGGAAAAACAACAGACACACACACACACAUAUGAAGUUUGCUAGUUGAGAAUAUUUAUAAUUCACUUUGGCUACUUGGUUUACUUGAGCAUGCUUUUGAGAAAACGUCCCCUUUCCUACCCAAUAAGAAAAUGUCUUAAUGGUCUUCAUCUUCUUACCUUUGUUAUGACAAUAAAUGGCAGCCACUGUUUUGGGGAUGGGCGAGGGAGAGAACAGACUUUCCCUUAUAAUACCAACUGCAAAGGAAGAGCCUAAAAUCUGGUCUCAUUUUUAUUAUGGAGAAGACUCCCUUUCUGGUGCAGCCUUGCAGUUGAUGAGUCACAUCCCAUAAAGAAGCCCCGCACAUGCAAGCAAAUUUUUUUCCAUUAUCAGCAGAGUCUAGUGCUAGAGUGGGCCAAAUCACACUCAGUAAGUUUUUAAGUCCUCAUGCCAAGAGAGUGUGUUGAAAUAACAUUUGAGACUGGCAGGGCACAUCCAGCCCCCUGCCGCCGUUUCUUCCAGCUCCUGCCACUCCCUGUGCCAGGUUUACAAGUCCCAGGCGGGGCUCUCUCCUGCGUGUCCUUCAGCCUUGACAGCACUGCUGCCUGAGCAGCUGUGCUUUGUGUUGGAAGGGAGCCCAGCAACAUCUCGGGGAGCUGAACUCUCCUCGGCCAAAUAGGGAGAAUCACAGCAAUAAUUGGCCAAGUGGAGAUGUGAGUCUCUUUGACUGACACGUUGUUGGUUCUGGUGAAUGGAGCUUUGUAGCUCACCUGUGCCUCACUGCAUCCAGUUUCAUCUCACUUAAGGAUGCUUUCAGGGCAUGGGGAGUCAUGCUCUGCAAUGUGUGCUUGCGCAAACAGCACUGAAGCUUGUGUAGAUCAGUGUGAAGAUAAUUCAGUUUUUUGCAGGUGGGGCAUGACCAUUCUAGUCCAUAGAUGUUUGACUCAAAGCAAGACUUUCCUUCAUAAUUUUUGUUCAAUGUGUACUGAUACACUGAUAUAUAUAUAUAUAUUAGUUUUGCCCUUUAUUGGAAGCACACUUCUUAUGUGUCAUAGUGAGAGACCUUGUGUGUUCCCCUCUGGGAUCUUGCAGCAUUAUCUGCCACUCAGAAGCUGGAAUGGUACCGGUAGGAGUUGAGGGUGUGAUUCUUACAACUGAUAAGAUUCCAUGUCUCUUCUUUUUGUUUUGUUCUGAAAGAUGCGCAUGUCCUAAGUUUACAUAGUUCUACCCUUCCCACAAGACAGGGUGUGUGUAGUACAAAACACUUGAGUACAAAAAGCAAAGUGAGGCUUCGCCCCUUACUGUGUCUGCCUUCGUUUGGUAGCCCACUUAGCUUGGAAGGAGGUGAUGCACUUAGCACCUGCCCAACCCAACUUUCUGCUUCCUUUUAUGUAUCCUGCUUGACUUCAUUUUCAGGACUGUUGCUUUAACCAGGGUAGUCACCGUCUUGGGCUGCCCUUCAACUAAAUUUAAAGAGUGGUACCAGGCAAUCUUUUCAUUAUCCUUCUUUCAUUUCAGAUGUUCUUUUCUGCCUAAGAGACAAUGGGUGGUAUUAUCAAUAUGGACUGAAAAUUUGCACUUUGAUUCUGUUGGAAGUAUUUUGUGUGUGUCUGGAUUAUGAAGUGGCUUUAGUUGAAUAAAGUGUUAAGUUAAUAAAACAUUCUCCUUGUAGAAGUGUUCUUCUGUGACUUUGUUUCUCCAGCUUUUAAAAAGGACUGCAGGAGGGUUCUUGGUGACCAGAUAGUUUCUUGGGCUCUCUGGAGGGAGACCUAAACUCUUGUUUGUUUCUAAUUAAAACCAAAUUGUGAGGCAGAUGAAUUUUGCCUUCUGUGCUCUGUGUAGAGGUUGCAGUCUAGAUUCAGCCUUGCCUGCAGCUCCCUGAUGGACCCAGGGAGGCAAUGGGCCAGCCAGAGUUAUAUAAAAAGUAAACCUUUCCUUGCCGGAAGAAAUAUCAACAACCUCAGUUAUGCAGAUGACACAACCUUGAUGGCAGAAAGUGAGGAGGAAUUAAAGAACCUUUUAAUGAGGGUGAAAGAGGAGAGCGCAAAAUAUGGUCUGA